AUGGCGUGCGGAGUAGCUCCGCUUGUGGCCCGUGUUCGGGCCUUGCCAGAGCAAAUGCUAGUGGCGGAGUUGACGUUUCCGCACAUCACUGUCAAGGACACAUCAAUACGAAAACAUGUGUCAGGUGUUACAGAUCGCAGGUUGUCUGAUGACGGGUACGGUGUCGGCCCAGAUGAACUGUCAAUCAUAGAAGAUUGCUUGGAAUUGGAGAGCGAACUUGGGCUUCUCCAGCAAAGGGCCACCUUGCAGUUGGACACCGACCCGGCAAGUCGGGUAGAAGGGUUGGUUUCGGUGCUACACGCUGCCGCCGCAGAACAUGAAUCGCGUAGGUUGACCUCGCCGGCGUUGGACGGGACCCCUGUCUCGCACGUCUUACCUGCUCCAGUCCAAGAGAGCACAGAUGAACCGAUGCUACGACCUCACAGUGUCCUCCCGCCUGAUUAUAAUCAAGUGGCAGGUGCUCAAACUGCUCCACCGAUUGCAUCUCCAACGCGUCAUGGUCGCCGGGGUGCUGACCAGGCUUUGGCUCCGGAAGCAUGGUUAGAUAAUAUCCCAGAGAUAAUCAACAAGUCACAAGGACAAGAGGAGGCUCCGUUGGCGCCUUCCGCUGCUGGGGAGACAGAUUCUAGAGAGUCAGCGGAUUCAGUUGUUGCAAUGCAACCGCUUCGUGAUUCCCGAAACAUGCCGGAUAUUUGGAGCCACCCGCAUGUGCGAUAUCCAGUGCUGGAUAAUGAUGUGGUCAUAAGACGUAUCUCCGUCGAUAGUAUUUUUAUUUCAGACAGAGCCAAAAUGGCGCCCCAUUUUUUCCUGCUGGGUAUCAAGAAGUUGUUUGACCUGAAAGUACUCGACCAGCAGGCGGUGAACACGCUCAUGAGUCUGGUUGAAGGGUUGAUAGGGUCAGUGUGGCACUAUGCGCAGAGGCGUCACCGGAGCAAUCGUCCCGUGUUUGUAGCCGAAGUUGUGGCAGUCUACUUCUUGGCAUUCGACGCGAUUGUCUGUACCAUUCAGCUCCUCGGAGACAGUAUGGAUGUUUCCUCUUGGUGGAAGAAAUUCAUAGCAGUUUUCAACCUUGAUGCGUCGGCUCUUUUGCCAUCAAUAUCGAACCGAGUCUCGGUGGUCAACAGAAGGUUGAAUCUCUCUAGAGCUGUGGGCCUACCUCUCGUCAUUGUGCUCAUAUCGAAGUACAACGAUGCUUAUGAGAAGCCCCUUACGCUCUCUGUUUUGUUCCUUGGGGAAGCAUGCCUGGAUAUUCAGCAGCCAGCCGGUUCGCCAUUGUUGACGGUUUGA